AUGUCCGUCUCAGCUUCGAUCCCCGAUACCUCGCUUGGCCUCACCUCCUCCGAGAUCCAGAUCCUUCGACAACAGCAGCAGAUCGCUCUGCAGGGCGGCCAUGCCGGCAAUGGGGGUUCCAGGGGCAGGGGAACUGGAAGAACCAGCAACUCCAGCUCGCGCGCGACCAGCGCCGCCAGCAGCCAGGGCCGCUUGUUGCUGGAUCCUAUGAGUCUCCGCGCGCUGUCGCACCAGUUGGAUGGUCUGCAGGCCCAGAUCAGUGGCCGCAUCGAAUAUCUCGAGGAACAAAUGCAACUCUCCAUUCAGAAUAGCUACGACCGCGCCGGGAACGUAAUCCGCAAUGCUGAUGCGGAGAUUGCCCGCACCCGGUCGAUUCUCGCCUCCAUCGACGAGCUGGAUAAUGAACUGGCCAAGAUUGCUCAUAUCCGCGAUAUCGUCAAGUCUUUCCGCGGUCGAAUCGAGAACUUGGACCAUCGCAUCGACCAGAGUUCUCGCCGGCGCCGCUGA